UAUAUAUUUUUAAACAUGGUCCACGAUGAUUUACGAGUUGAGUGGAUCCGUCAGCGCGUAUCAGCCGGUUUCAGGUUACCGGAGGGUUCAAACUGUUUUGAUGAACUUCUGAGUCGUGAAGAUGGAGAAGAAGAGGAGAAAAUCAUCCGUUACCUGAACGUUGUCUCCGACGAAGACUCUCCGUCAUGUCUUGUGUUUUUCAAAACUAUAAGAGAGGAAGAAACUGAAGUCCAGAUUCCUGUCCAAGAUGAAGAUGGAGAAUCUGAAGACCCUGAAGAGAAGUCCUCGAGCCAAAGUGUGGAGGAGAUGACGUCACACUCAGAUGAAGAGACACAGGAACUAAGUCAGAGCCAUAGGGUGGAGGUUCAAGUGGUCUAUCACGUCGAGCUUCAUGCAGCAGUUGACGAAUAUCCAGAGAGAUUUCUGCAGUCUCGAGUCUUCUACUUCCUCAGGAACACAAAGCAGACCAUCGUUGAACCGCUAGACAUGAGCGAGGCCGGCGUCAUGAUGCCCAAGCUUUUCGACAUCGGCAUGCAGAACGGACACCCUCUUCAUGUGCUGCAGCAAAAAUUUGCCCAUGUGUAUAUAUCCUUGCUGACUGCCCACCAGAUGAAGAUCACCGGUGCAGGUUAUCAAAGCAGAACAGGUUCUCCUCAUAAGGAGUUGAGUCCGGCGGCUGAAAAGGAGAGCAGAGUGGAGUCGAGUGGACAACUCACAGUUCGGGAUGAGUUGCUCAACCGUGCGCACAAGUAUCUGGGGCUGAUCAACACGACUCUCACACACCUUCAGAUUCAAGAGGAGAUUAAACUGCACAUCCCUGAGCUGGACCUGGAAACCAAGGUGGACGUACUACUUUCUAAUCCGGAGAUGGUGGAGAAGUUAGAGCAGUGUGUGAUGAACUGGCAGACUCACAUCACCAUUAUUGUUGAGGAGCAGCUGAACAAAAAGCCACAGGCACCCGGCCCUUUGGCGGAGAUCUACUUCUGGCAGGAGCGUGCGUUCAUCCUGAGCGCUCUGAGCGAGCAGCUCAAACAGCCUGUGGUGGAUAAGAUCCUGGAGGUGACGACCAAAGCAGAAGCAGGUGUUGUUCAGACCCUGGAAGGAACAGUAGCCGAGCUCACUAAAUACCGUGUGGAGGCAGAGGAUAAUUUAUGUUUCCUCAGCACUCUGGAGAGACACUUCAAGAAUCUGGCUAGUGGAGCCAAUUUUAAUGUGAUCCUGGAGACAAUUCCCGACCUGAUGGAGAGCCUGCAGAUCGUGUGGAUAAUCUCCUGCCACUUCAACACAAAUGAUCGCAUGGUGCCUCUGAUGGAGCGCAUCGCCUGGCAGCUUUGUGACCGUGUGGAUAAAGCAAUCAAUGUGAAAACACUGUUCAAGGAAAAUAGAGACGAGGCUAAAUCCAAGGUGUGUGAUGGGAAGCGGGUUAUGGACCAGUGGAGGUCAUCCUACUUUCAGGUCCGGGCUGAAAUCGAAGAAUCCAGCAGAGAUCCGCGCUGGGAAUUUGACCGCAAGAGGCUGUUUGAAAAGACUGAUUACAUAGCUGCUGUGUGCCAGGACCUGCACAACGUUUUAAAGAUUUUAGAGGAGUUCUAUAACAUCUUUGGCCCCGAGCUUAAAGCCGUGACCGGAGACCCCAAAAGCAUCGACGAAGUGCUGUGCAGUGUAGACCGUCUGGUUUUGCCUCUGGAGAGCGCCAGCUUCAAUCCCUUCAAUGUUUUUAAGAUGGGCAGCUGGAAGACGAUCAUGCAGGAGUUUGACAGCACAGUUCAGGCUAUAGAGGGACAGGCCAUCGAUCUCAUCGAUCAGUCUUUCAGAACAUUGCGCUCCUCAGCUGUUGCCUUUGACAUGCUCUUGAAAUUCAGACAAAUCUGCUCCAGAGAGGUCAUCAACAACCAUUUGAUCACAAAGUUUAAUGACAUCCUGGCUCAGUACCGCGAAGAGGUACUUAUAAAUGAAAUCUUCGAGGCACAGAAGGACCAGCCACCGUUGAAUAACAGCGAGCCUCCCGUGGCGGGCGCCAUCAGAUGGGUGCGAUCUCUUAUCCUCCGCCUCAAACACACCAUCCUUCCAUUCGUUCAAGAGCCAGAGAUGGCUGAUAGCGUUCAGGCCAAAGUUGUCAAAGAAAAAUAUGUGGAAAUGGCGAUGAAGACGAGGGAGUAUGAGUUUAAGAAGUAUAACGACUGGUUGGGUGAGACGCAAACCAACCUGCCUUUGCUCAUGAAAAAAUCACUGAUGGUAAUGAUUCUUAGUCACCAUUUUUUGUGCUUUGAUUUAAAGGAUGUCCCACUAACCGAAAGUGUCCAAGUGAAGGUUGUGCGAUUUGCUGUAUGCCUUCCUCCUGAGAUAAAGCAAAUUAUUUCUGAAACAAAUCACCUGGUGUCACUGGGCCUAUCUGUGCCUUUUCUGGCUCAGAACGUUUCACUACAGGAGCACAAAUUCAUCAGGUAUGAAUAUGAUCUAAUCAACCUGGUCAGCAGCUACCACUCUGUGAGGGACAGCCUGAGCGGGGAAAAGCAUGCUAUGCUACAUGUGCAGAUCAAAGAGGCCACAGAGGAGCUACAACGUGGAUGUGUCAGACUUAACUGGUAUUCCUCUGCUAUCCCGGAUUUCAUCAAUCGAGGAGUCAAGGCUGUCUCUAAACUGGAGUCAGUUGUCCAACAGAUUCACAAGAAUGAGCGGGACAUCGAGUCCAAGUUGCAAUUCAUGGUGAUGGCCAACUUACUGAAAUGUCCGGUUCCAGAAAACCCAAAGGAUUUACCAGGUGUCAAGGAGUUCUGUGAGCGCAUUGAGAAGACACGGGCCGUGACUGUGAAUAUGUUGAGCAUGAAGUAUUCUGCCAUCGGACCCCUCGUCACUGAGACGGAACAUGUGAUCUUUGGAACCAGCAGUGGCAAAGCCAAAAGUAUGGCAGCUUACUACAAGUACUGGGAGCGCAGAGUGAUGGACUCCCUCGUCAAGAUGAUGCUGAGGAACAUUCAGGCGUUCAACACGGCGCUCAUGAGUAAUUCCCCUCUUUUCCAAGUUGACGCCAUCGUGUCUGCACCUACUAUUGUGCUUCAGCCCCAAAGCAAUGAGAUCUACUGGCUGCUCAUGCAGUGUGUCGGAGACUGUAUAGAGAGCACCAAGCAUUUUGUGCGUUGGAUGCUCGGCACCUGCAUUGAGUGCCCUCCGCAACGUGUAGCCGGCGAGGACGAGACGGUGACUCUCAGCUUCUACAACGACGUGUGGCAGCAUCCUCAGAUCAACGAGAGCACCAUGAGAGUGUCGGCGAACAUCCAGCGGCUGCUCUUCUCCGUGGAUCGCUACCUGACCCACUGGAAACGCUACCUGCCCCUUUGGAAGAAGAACAAAACCAUCGUCAAUGAAAAGUUCGCCGCGAAGAACCCACCCUGCGUCAUGUACGACGAUAAGCUGCAGUUCCUGUCGAGCAUCAACCAGGACGUGUUGCUGGAGCCGACGUUUAAGCUGGAGCACAUCUUCCAUGUGAACCUGGAGCCUCUCAUCCUCUCUGUGCGUGAGAAUGCUGAUUCCUGGAUCAGUUCACUCGGCGGCCUGCUCCACAAACCGACCAAAGAGGAUCUCUUCAACUUAAGAGAUGAACUCAUGGAACACUCUGAAAAGCUUCAGCAGAGCCCGGACACAUUUGAAGAUCUGAAGUCUGUCCUGAGCACCAUCUCAGACAUCAGGGACAUGUCUCUGGAUGUGGAGAUGAGAUAUAAUGACAUCAGGGAGAAAUACAGAACCCUGGCCAUGUACAAAGUUCAGGUUGGAGAGGAUGAACUGGAACUUGCUGCCAAUAUUAGCCAGGUGUGGAGUGAUCUCUUUACAGAAUCCAGACAGGUGGACAGAAGUCUGACAAAUGUCAAGAAAUCAUUCACUAAGAUGACAAAUGAGAAGACUGAAGAGUUUCAGACGGAGUUGUCCAUCUUUGCUGAGAGCUUCAACAUGCAUGGUCCCGGAGCUGUCGGAGAUAAUUUGGAGAAAGGACUGUCCAUUUUGGGAAAAUACGAGGCAGACCUUGCCAAGGUUGUGUCAGAGCGCCAGGAGCUAGCUAAUGCCGAGAAGCUGCUGGACCUACAGGUCACUGUGUACCCAGAGAUUGUCAGCAUGCAGAAGGACAUGGCAGGCUUGAGACUGAUAUAUGAUGUCUUUAGAGCUCAGCAGGAUGCAAAGACAGAGUGGUCUCAGACCUUGUGGGUGGAUUUAAACAUCCAGCUGCUACAAGAGGGUGUCGAGGGUUUCAUCAAAAGAUUGAGGCAGCUGCCUAAAGAAGUGCGGGCGUUACCUGUGGCCUUCUUCCUCGAAGGACACUUGAAGGAGUUCAGAGAGUCUCUGCCUCUUCUGCUGGACCUGAAGAACGAGGCCCUCAGAGACAGACACUGGAAGGAACUGAUGGAAAGGACCGGAACGAGCUUUGAGAUGAACACUGAAAGCUUCACUCUGGAGAACAUGUUUGCUAUGGAGUUAAACAAAUAUGCAAAUGUGAUAGGUGACAUCGUUACCUCAGCUGUAAAAGAGCUCAGUAUUGAGAAGGGGGUGAGAGAGGUAGUGGAGACCUGGGAGAACAUGAAGUUCAAUGUCGUGCCUUAUUUUAAAGGCACCCAGGAACGUGGCUCGAUCCUGGGUGUAGUGGAUGAGAUCCUCCUGAAUGUGGACAACGAUGCCAUGAACCUGCAGAGCAUGGCGGGCAGCCGCUUUGUCGGACCUUUCCUCGGGACCAUCCAACAAUGGGAAAAAGACCUGUCUCUUAUCAGUGAGACUAUAGAAGUUUGGUUGCUGGUACAACGGAAAUGGAUGUACCUGGAGAGCAUUUUCAUUGGUGGAGACAUUCGCUCGCAGUUACCCGAGGAAGCCAAGAAAUUUGAUAAUAUUGACAAAAGGUUUAAAGAAAUAAUGAUUGACACAGUGAAGGGUCCAAACAUUAAGAGGAGUUGCUUAGUUCCCAACCGGUUGACAGACCUGCAGAACCUUAGUGACGGUCUAGAGAGGUGCCAGAAGAGUCUGAACGACUACCUGGACUCUAAGCGGAACGCGUUCCCUCGCUUCUUCUUCAUCUCUGAUGAUGAACUGCUCAGCAUUCUGGGAAGCAGUGACCACACCUGUGUCCAGGAGCACAUGAUUAAGAUGUAUGACAACAUAGCAUCUCUGAGGUUUGAUGUGGAGAGCAAUGGGGAAACGGUAGCUGGAGCCAUGGUGUCUGCUGAGGGUGAGGUGAUGGAGCUGAAGAAGCCCGUCCAAGUGGAGGGUCGGGUGGAGGAGUGGAUGACGGGAGUACUACUUGAGAUGAGGAGAACGAAUAGACUCAUUACCAAGGAAGCAGUCUUCCGUUACUGUGAAGACAGGAGCAGGGUGGACUGGAUGCUGCUGUACCAGGGCAUGGUGGUGCUGGCUGCAAAUCAAGUGUGGUGGACCUGGGAGGUAGAGGACGUCUUUCAGAACGUGAAGAACGGAGACAAGCAUGCGCUGAAGAACUGUGCCAAGAAGAUGCACAAGCAGAUUGAUGAGCUGGUGAAACGCAUCACCCAACCCAUGAAGAGUAACGACAGACGGAAAAUAAACACCGUGCUCAUCAUUGAUGUCCACGCACGAGAUAUUGUCGACAGCUUUGUACUGAACAGCAUAAUGGACGCGCGGGAGUUUGAGUGGGAAAGCCAGCUUAGAUUCUACUGGAUCAAAGAACACGACAACCUGUUUGUGCGUCAGUGCAGCGCGUCCUUCUCUUACGGCUAUGAAUACAUGGGGUUGAACGGUCGACUGGUUAUAACCCCACUGACGGACAGAAUCUACCUCACACUCACACAGGCCUUGUCCAUGUACCUGGGUGGAGCUCCUGCUGGACCAGCUGGCACAGGAAAGACAGAGUCCACCAAAGAUCUGGCUAAGGCUUUGGGCCUUCUCUGUGUGGUGACAAACUGUGGUGAGGGGAUGGACUACAUGGCUGUGGGUAAGAUCUUGUCUGGGCUCGCCCAGUGUGGAGCCUGGGGUUGCUUCGAUGAGUUCAACCGUAUCGAUGCCUCUGUGUUGUCCGUUAUCUCCUCUCAAAUCCAGACGAUCCGUAACGCUCUCAUUCUGCACCUGCAGAGGUUUCAUUUUGAAGGGCAAGAGAUCAGCCUGGAUGGCCGCAUGGGGAUUUUCAUCACCAUGAACCCAGGUUAUGCAGGACGCACGGAGCUGCCUGAGUCAGUCAAAGCCCUCUUUAGGCCUGUUGUGGUUAUUGUGCCUGAUCUGCAGCAGAUCUGUGAGAUCAUGCUCUUCUCUGAGGGCUUCCUCAUGGCCAAGGUGCUGGCAAAGAAGAUGACGGUACUGUACAAGCUGGCUCGUGAACAGCUGUCCAAGCAGUCUCAUUAUGACUUUGGUCUGCGCGCUCUGAAGUCUGUGCUCGUGAUGGCAGGAGAGCUGAAGAGAGGCUCGCCAGACCUCCAUGAGGAUGUGGUCUUGAUGCGAGCUCUCAGGGACAUGAACCUGCCGAAGUUUGUGUUUGAGGAUGUGCCUCUAUUCCUCGGGCUGAUCUCAGAUCUGUUCCCUGGGCUGGACUGUCCUCGUGUACGCUAUCCAAACUUCAAUGACGCUGUGGAAGAGAUCCUACAAGACAACAAAUACGUCCUAAUCGCUAACCAGGUGGAUAAAGUGGUGCAGUUGUAUGAGACCAUGAUGACCAGACAUACUACCAUGAUUGUUGGCCCAACAGGAGGAGGGAAAUCAGUUGUGAUCAACACCUUAUGUCAAGCUCAAACCAAAUUGAGUUUGCACACCAAGAUGUAUCCUCUGAACCCUAAAGCCAUGAGUGUCAUUGAACUUUACGGUAUUUUGGACCCUGAAACUCGAGACUGGACUGAUGGGAUCUUAUCCAACAUCUUUCGGGACAUCAACAAGCCCACUGACAAAAAAGAGCGGAGGUACAUCCUGUUUGAUGGCGACGUGGAUGCUCUAUGGGUGGAGAAUAUGAACUCGGUAAUGGAUGACAACAGGCUCCUCACUCUCGCCAAUGGAGAACGGAUCCGUUUGCAGAAUCACUGUGCCAUGCUGUUCGAGGUUGGUGAUCUGCAGUACGCCUCCCCUGCUACUGUUUCCCGCUGCGGGAUGGUUUUUGUCGACCCAAAAAACCUGCGGUUCUCCCCGUACUGGCAGAGAUGGGUGAUUGACAGACCUGAAGGGGAACAAAAAGUGCUGAACAAAUUGUUUGAGAAAUAUGUGCACAGCUCCAUCGACAUGAUUGUGGACGGUAUUGUUGACGGCAAACAGGGACAGAAACUGAAGACUAUUGUGCCUCAGACAGAUCUGAACAUGGUGACCCAGCUGUGCUUGACACUGGAUGCACUCCUGGAGGGUGAGCCCAGCAGUGCUGAUGUCAUGGAGUGUUACUUCCUGGAAGCUCUGUACUGUUCCCUCGGGGCCACACUGCUGGAGUCCAGCAGGAUCAAGUUUGACGAGUUCAUCAAAAAGCUUUCCUGUUUAACCGCAGUGCAUGAUGAGAAGAGUCUGGCUGGACCGGGUGAGAUCCCAGGAUACCUCCCAACCCUGUAUGAGUUCCACUUUGAUGGAACGCAGCAGAAGUGGGUCCCCUGGAGUUCUCUCGUCACCAAAUACAUCCACAACCCUCAAAUGAAGUUUGCUGAUAUUCUAGUGCCGACUAUCGACACCACCCGAGCCAGCUGGAUCCUGGAACAGAUGGUGAAGAUUAAGAGGCCUGUGCUUCUAGUCGGAGAGUCCGGCACCUCCAAGACCGCCACCAUCCUUAACUUCCUGAAGAACCUGAAUGCAGAUACAACAAUCACUCUUAUCAUCAACUUCUCAUCUAGAACAACUUCAAUGGACCUGCAGCGGAACCUGGAGGCCAAUGUGGAGAAGAGGACCAAAGAGAUCUACGGACCCCCGAUUGGAAAGAGACUGCUGGUCUUUAUGGAUGACAUGAACAUGCCAAAGGUGGAUAGUUACGGAACACAGCAGCCUAUCGCCCUUCUCAAGCUGUUAUUGAACCGAGGAGGCAUUUAUGACAGAGGAAAGGAGCUCAACUACAAAAUCCUCAAAGACCUCGGCUUCAUAGCUGCCAUGGGACAGGCAGGAGGCGGGAGGAACGAGGUGGAUACCCGCUUUGUCUCCCUCUUCAGUGUCUUCAGCAUCCCCUUCCCUGCACUGGAGUCCCUCAAGCUCAUCUAUGCUUCCAUUAUCAAAGGCCACACUAGACAAUUCGAGGAUGCCAUACAGAAGGCUUGUGAUAAAGUCAUCGUCUGCACGCUGGAACUGUACAACAACAUCAUCAAAGAUCUGCCGCCCACUCCCUCCAAGUUCCACUACAUCUUCAACCUGAGGGACCUGUCGCGAGUGUACAAUGGGCUGACCCUGACCAAACCUGACAGGUUUCUGACUGUCACCCAGUUUGUGCGUGUCUGGAGGAAUGAGUGCCUGAGAAUCUUCCAUGACAGGCUCAUUGAUCAAACUGACAAAGCCUUGGUCCAAGGACAUAUAAAGAAUCUGAUUGAGGAGCAUUUCAGGUCGGACACGGAGGCAGUCAUGAGGGACCCAAUUCUUUUUGGAGACUACAGGAUGGCCCUCAGUGAGACUGAACCGAGGGUCUACGAGGACAUGCAGGACUAUGAUGCUUCAAAAGCCCUGUUUCAGGAGAUUUUGGAGGAGUACAACGAGAACAUGUCCAGGAUGAACCUCGUGCUGUUUGAUGACGCUCUGGAACAUCUGACCCGGGUUCACCGCAUCAUCCGCAUAGAUCGAGGCCACGCCCUGCUCGUUGGUGUCGGAGGCUCCGGCAAGCAGUCCCUCACCAAACUUGCUGCUUUCACUGCCGGCUGUGAGGUGUUUGAGAUAACACUGAGCAGAGGAUACUGUGAGUCAAACCUCCGCGAUGACCUGAAAACACUGUACCUGAAGCUCGGCAUUGAAAAUAAGAAGACCGUGUUCCUCUUCACUGACGCGCAUGUGGCUGAGGAAGGCUUCCUGGAGCUUAUUAACAACAUGCUCACAUCAGGCAUCGUCCCUGCGUUGUUCCCUGAUGACGAGAAAGAGUCGGUUCUCAACCAGCUACGUGAAGAAGCUCUUAAAAUGGGAUCAGGUCCCUCUAAAGAGAGUAUUUGGCAGUACUUUGUCAACAAGAGUGCCAACAAUCUGCACAUCGUUUUAGGCAUGUCUCCAGUGGGAGACACCCUGAGGACACGCUGCAGGAACUUCCCAGGACUGAUGAACAACACUGUGAUAGACUGGUUCCUGCCAUGGCCUCCACAGGCUUUGCUUGCAGUGGCUCAGUCUUUCCUUGGUGAAAGUGCGAUGAUUCCUGAGGAACACUCUGCAGCUGUGAUAGCUCAUGUAUGCAUGGUGCACAGCUCUGUGGGCGACUACAGCAAGCUAUUCCUGCAGAAACUCAGACGUUGUAACUUUGUUACUCCAAAGAAUUACUUGGACUUCAUUAACGCAUACACCAACCUCCUGGAGGAAAAGGACCAAUACAUCCUGGCUCAGUGCAAACGUCUGGAGGGCGGUUUGGAUAAACUGAAGGAGGCCAGUGAGCAGCUAGCCAAGCUGAAUGUCAAGCUGGCAGACCAGAAGGUGAUUCUUGCUGAAAAGUCCACAGCCUGUGAGACCCUGUUGGAUGAGAUCAGCACAAACACAACAAUAGCUGAGGAGAAAAAGACUUUGGCAGAAGACAAAGCCAAAGAGAUCGAAGAGCAGAACAAGGUGAUAGCAGUUGAGAAGAAAGAAGCAGAAAGCUCCCUGGCUGAAGCUCUGCCGGCGUUAGAGGCGGCUCGCCUGGCCCUGCAAGACCUAGAAAAGUCUGACGUCACAGAGAUCCGAUCCUUUGCCAAGCCACCCAAACAGGUGCAGGUAGUCUGCGAGUGCAUUCUGGUCAUGCGUGGCCACAAGGAGGUCAGCUGGCAGGCGGCUAAAGGAAUGAUGUCAGAGGCUAACUUCUUGCGCUCUCUGAUGGAGAUGGACUGUGAUUCCAUAAGUAACAACCAGGUCAGGACUGUCAAAGGCUUCCUGAAGAAUCUCCAGACAAGCGUUGAGGAGAUGCAGGCGAUCAGUAAGGCUGGAUCAGGAAUGUUUAAGUUUGUCGAGGCCAUCAUGGGUUACUGCGAGGUCGCCAGGGAGAUCAAACCGAAGAGAGAGAAGGUGGCACGUCUGGAGAAGAAUUUCUUUCGGAGUAAGCACGAGUUUGAGGGCAUUCAGAGCGAGCUCAGUAAUAUCCAGAAAGAGUUGCAGACUCUUGGUGCGAAGUACCAAGCUGCCCUCACUGAGAAAGAUAUGCUGCAAGAGGAGGCAGAGCUCAUGGAGAGGAGGCUGAUAGCUGCUGACAAACUGAUAUCAGGCUUGAGCUCCGAGAAUGAACGAUGGACUCAGGAUUUGGAGGAGCUGAAGCAGCGGCGUGUGCGUCUCCUGGGCGACUGCCUGAUCUCUGCUGCUUUCCUGAGCUACGAGGGGGCCUUCAGCUGGGAUUUCAGGAAUGAAAUGGUUUACGAAGUGUGGGUCAAAGAUGUACAGGAGAGAGGAAUCCCCUUGAGUCAGCCUUUCAGAAUAGAAAGCCUUCUAACUGAUGAGGUUGAAAUCAGCAAAUGGGGCUCAGAGGGCUUGCCUCCAGAUGAGCUGUCAGUGCAGAACGGAAUCCUCACAACCAGAGGGUGCAGAUUUCCACUGUGCAUCGACCCUCAACAACAAGCCCUCAACUGGAUUAAGAAGAAAGAAGAAAACAACAACCUCAAGAUUUCAUCUUUCAACGAUCCAGACUUCCUGAAGCACCUUGAGAUGGCCAUCAAAUAUGGCUUCCCUUUCCUUUUCCAAGAUGUGGAUGAAUACAUCGACCCCGUGAUUGAUACCGUCCUGGAGAGGAAUGUUAAAGGAGCAGAGGGCAGGCAGGUCAUCAUGCUGGGCGACAAGGAGGUUGACUUUGAUCCCAACUUUAAACUGUACCUCAACACAAAGCUGUCCAACCCCAAAUAUUCCCCUUCAGUGUUUGGAAAAGCCAUGGUCAUCAACUAUACUGUGACACUGAAGGGCCUGGAGGACCAGCUGCUGAGUGUUAUCAUGGGCUUUGAGAAGAAGGAGCUGGAGGAGCAGCGUGAGCACUUGAUCCAAGAGACAAGCAACAACAAGAAGCUGCUGAAGAACCUCGGGGACUCGCUGCUCAGAGAGCUGGCCACAUCGACAGGAAACAUGCUGGAUAACACAGAGCUGGUUUACACGUUGGAGGAAACAAAGUCCAAAUCCAGCGAGGUGUUUGAGAAACUGAAGUUGGCUGAGGAGACAGCCAUGGACAUCGAUGAACUCAGAGAUGGUUACCGACCGGCUGCCAAGCGCGGUGCCAUCCUGUUCUUCGUGCUGACAGAAAUGGCUCUGGUGAACAGCAUGUACCAGUACUCUCUGGCCUCAUACCUGGAAGUGUUUGAUUUUUCUCUACGCAAAUCUCUUUCCAACUCUGUCCUGCCCCGAAGACUGAAGAACAUCAUGAGCACUCUGACGUACAAUGUCUACAACUACGGGUGCACAGGUCUGUUUGAGAGACACAAGCUGCUCUUUUCCUUCAAUUUGACCAUCAAGAUAGAGCAGGCGGAGGGGAGGGCUCCUCAGGAGGAGCUGGAGUUUUUUAUUAAGGGAAAUCUAUCCCUGGAAAAGAGCACACGCAAAAAGCCGUGUGACUGGCUCCCGGGUCAGGGCUGGGAGGACAUAGUGAAACUGGCAGAGCUCUUUCCGGAGCAGUUUGGCUCUCUGCCUGACGAUGUGGAGAAAAAUUCCACUGACUGGAAGUCUUGGUACGACUUAGAUGGUCCUGAGCAGGCUACAUUCCCCAUGAAAUACGACGAGAGCCUGUCGGCCUUCCAGAAGCUGCUGCUGCUGCGCUGCUUUCGUGUUGACAGAGUCUACAGAGCUGUGACCGACUACGUCACGGUCACCAUGGGCGAGAAAUACGUACAGCCUCCUGUGAUCAGCUAUGAUACAAUCUAUGAGCAGAGCACACCUUUCUCCCCGAUUGUGUUCAUCCUGAGCCCCGGCUCCGACCCAGGAAGUGACCUCAUGAAGCUAGCAGAGAGGUCGGGCUUUGAAGGAAGCAAGUUCAAGUUCCUCGCUAUGGGCCAAGGCCAAGAGAAGGUGGCGCUGCAGUUGCUGGAGAUGGCGGUGGCCCGUGGUCAGUGGUUGAUGCUGCAGAACUGCCACCUGCUGGUUAAAUGGCUCAAAGAUUUGGAGAAGUCCUUAGAGAGGAUCACCAAGCCCCACUCCAGCUUCCGCUUGUGGAUCACCACCAACCCCAUUCUGGAUUUCCCAAUUGGCAUCCUGCAGAAGUCUCUAAAGGUGGUGACAGAGCCUCCCAACGGCCUCAAGCUGAACAUGAGAGCCACGUUCUCUAAAAUCUCCCAUGAGACCUUGACUCAGUGUCCACACCCGGCUUUCCGCAGCCUGGUGUACGUGCUCACCUUCUUCCACGCUGUCGUCCAAGAGAGACGCAAGUACGGCAAGAUCGGCUGGAACGUCCCCUACGACUUCAACGAGUCCGACUUCUUAGUGUGUAUGGAGAUCCUAAACACCUACCUGACUAAAGCUCACAACCAGGGUGACAGUAAUAUCCCCUGGGGAAGCCUUAAAUACCUGGUUGGGGAGGUGAUGUAUGGUGGGCGAGCCAUAGAUAGCUUCGACCGCAGGAUCCUGACUGUCUACAUGGAUGAGUACCUCGGAGACUUCCUCUUCUACACCUUCCGAGCCUUCCACUUUUUCAGCAACAAGGAUGUCGAUUACAAAAUCCCUCCGAACGGGCCUAAGAGUGCAUAUGUUGAUGAGAUUGAAUCCCUGCCGCUGGCAAACACACCAGAGGUUAUGGGUCUUCACUCCAACGCAGAGAUAGGAUACUACACUCAGGCUGCUAAGGACAUGUGGACCCACCUCAUCGACCUGCAGCCUCAGACAGGGGAUUCUGGUGGAAGCAUCAGCAGAGAUGAGUACAUCAGCCAGGUGGCUCAGGACAUCCAGAACAAGCUGCCCAAACUUUACGACAUGGACGUGAUCCGUAAAAAGUUUGGCACCGACGUCUCCCCGACCACGGUGGUGCUGCUUCAAGAACUGGAGCGCUUCAACAAACUGGUGGUCCGAAUGCAGCGCUCUCUGGCUGAGCUGCAGAGGGCGCUGGCUGGUGAGGUGGGUAUGAGCAGUGAGUUGGAUGAGGUCGCUCGGGCUCUUUUUAACGGCCACAUCCCGGCUAUUUGGAAGAAGUUGGCACCUGACACCCUGAAGUCACUCGGCAACUGGAUGGGCCACUUUAAGAGGCGCUUUGAACAGUAUAGUUACUGGGUCGACGAGGGAGAGCCAAAGGUCAUGUGGCUAUCAGGACUCCAUAUCCCAGAAUCCUACCUGACUGCCCUGGUCCAAGCAGCUUGUAGGAAAAACGGCUGGCCUCUGGAUCUGUCCACACUGUACACACAGGUGACCCAGUACCGCAGUGACGACGAAGUCAGUGACAGACCUGGACAGGGCUGCUUCGUGUCGGGCCUGUAUUUGGAGGGAGCAGACUGGGAUACAGAAAACGGCUGCCUCGUGAAGAGUAAACCAAAAGUUCUGGUCGUUGAACUGCCCAUUCUCAGAGUCAUCCCCAUAGAGACGCGUCGCCUCAGGUUACAGAAUACACUGCGGACGCCCGUGUACACCACGUCCCUGCGGAGGAAUGCGAUGGGCGUGGGGUUGGUGUUUGAGGCCGACCUGUUCACCACCAUGCACAUCUCCCACUGGGUGCUACAGGGAGUCUGCUUAUGCCUCAACGCUGACUGAAGACAUGCCUCAUCCUCACUGAGCUGGUUAGCCGUUAUGCAGUCUGUUCCAACAUGUUAGUUAAUAUUUAUGACGCCUGAUUUCUGCUCUCAGACGAACAAAAAAAUUAUUUAUUCUUCUGUCUACUCCGCAUAUAACAUGGAAACAAAUCAUUAAUGAUGAAAGAUAGAAACAUGCUUUUAAAAUAAAUUGGUUGAAACAUAAAAACUAGAUCAAACGUUGGAUCAUUUGAGCUUUCAUUAUUUUUUCACUAGAUGGCAGCACACAACAGAACUGAGCUCUUCACACAGGGCAGCAGCUCAGGGCUUCAUCUGAAGUGUAAAACAACUUCAGGAGGCUUAAAGUCUACUGCUGUUUACAAUGAAUAAAGGUUUGCAUUGUGUUCAUCAUAUUUAUUUUGUACAGACAGUAGAUGCUGAGUAUUGAUGCUGCAGUUGUAAGGGGAACAUGAACUGCUGCGCUCAGUGGAAAAAGUACCACUGACCAAAAAGGUUGCUAAAGUUUUCCAAGUCACCCAAGUAGCUUUUUCAGCUUUCCUCUGCAGUAUAAAUAGCGGCUUAUUCUUUAUUGUAACAUUUAGCAAACAGAUCUGGUGCAGCGCUGAGUAAUGGAGGCUGCUGAGGUCAGCGUGAACAGCAGGUGAAGUUUACUCUGAAAAUCAAACAGUCCCCCCCCGGAGGACCUGGCAAGCUUGUGUUGCAGUGAGGUCACAGAAAUUAAAGCGGAGAAAGUUUUGAGCC